AUGUCUGUCCCCCUGGCCUUCCUCUCCGACCUCGCGGACCCCCUGCCUGGUGUCUCUCUGGGUGACCAACUCGCCCAGUCCGUCACCGACGCGGGACGCGUCGCCACCCUCCUCGACUGUAUCCCCACCUCGGACGCCCCCGCUCUUUGGUCCGUCUCCGCCACCCGUCCGCCGACCACUCAUGCCGCCCUCCACCACUUCAUCUCCAAGUUCGCCCUCCCCACCUCGGGCCUCCAGGACCACCUCGGUCCCAAUGACCGCGUCAUGGUCGUCCUCCCCACCAGCCCCGAGAACGCGGUCGCGCUUCUCGCCGUCUCCUCCUACCACACAUGUGCCCCCGUCAACUCCGGUUGCACCGCCGGCGAACUCUCCGAGGACGCGCGCCGCCUGCGCGCGAAGGCGAUCGUUACCACCACCGACGCGAUCGAGCGGCUCGAGCUGCGCAAGUUGAGGGAGGAGCUCCGGUGCGAGGUUAUCUUCAUCCACGCACGCGCCGACAGCCCCACCGGCCUCUUUGAUAUGACACUCAUGGACGACCGCGACGACGACAACGCCGACACAUGGUCGGUUGUACAGAAGACAACUCGCCCCCCGACUCAACUGCAUGGUUUGUACGACCAGUCCCUCGUGCUACACACAUCAGGAACCAGCGGAAAGAAGAAGGUCGUACCUUAUACACUCCGCGCCCUCAUCGUUGGUACAUGCGCAGUCGUGCGCUCUUGGGAUUUGAAACCCGACGACGUCAACAUGAAUAUGAUGCCGCUGUUCCAUGUUGGUGGUAUCGUUCGGAACCUAUGGGCUCCUAUCUUCUCCGGCGGGAGUGCCAUUAUGUGCCCAGGGUUUGACAGCACUGCGUUCUGGCCUAUCGCAAUGGCAUGCGGGGCUACCUGGUACUAUGCGGCACCUACUAUGCACCACGCUAUUUUGGCGUCGAAACCAGAAUCCAUCGUGCCCCUCAGGGACACUCGGAUUCGCAUGAUCGCCAACGCCGCGGGGGGUCUCCUACCCUCACUCGCCAUCCAGCUUAAGGAGACGUUUGGCGCGGUCAUCCUGCCUUCGUAUGGCAUGACCGAGUGCAUGCCCAUCGCGUCUCCACCCACCACAUACGCGUUGGAACGUCCUGGUUGCUCUGGUGUCGCGUGCGGCCCCUACUUGUCUAUCCGCGACCCUCUCAACCUCGAGCGCGAGCUCCCAUGCGGGGCAACAGGUGCCGUCUCAGUCCGCGGUCUUCCCACGUUCGAUGGGUAUGAAACAGGUCCCAACGAGCCUCUCGACACCUCCGCCUUCUCGUCGGAGGGUUGGUUCGAUUCUGGAGACGUUGGCUACAUGGAUGACGCCGGGUACCUGUAUAUCACCGGUCGGUCCAAGGAGAUCAUCAACAAAGGCGGAGAAGUCAUUUCCCCCUUCGAGAUCGAGGAGGCGAUCGUCCAGGUCGCAAAGGGUCGCGUGAAGUCCACGAUCGCGUUCUCCGUUCCCCACGACGUCCUCCAGGAGACUAUAGGCGUCGUCAUCGUUCCCGUUCCCGGUCGGCCGCGGAUCGGUCUCUCGGAGUUGCUCGAUCUUCUCAAGGCCCAGCUCCACCCUUCGAAGUGGCCGUUCGCAGUUGUCUACAUGGACGACCUCCCGAAGAACAAUGCUGGGAAGCCUCUCAGGAUCAAGCUUGCGCAGCGCCUGGGUAUCGAGUGCUUGACUGACGACACGCCUGCGGUCGCACGGCACUACGAAGCCGCUGUCCCCGACAAGAAUGCUCCUCUUUCCCAGCCCAUUGAAUGCUCGGUCGUAACUCUCGACAUGGUGGCUGUGGAGCGUGCGAUUGCGAGCCUCAGCGGCGUCGACGAAGUUACCGUUCGUACGCGAUCCGAUGGCACACCGGAAGCGAUGGUCGCUGUUCGUCCCUCGUCCGACCUCGACUCCAGCGCUCUUGUAGCCGCCAUCGCGGACCUCAUCCCCGGGUACGCAAUCCCGACUCCCAUGCACGUCUUCCGGGAACUCCUGGCCCGCAAGCAGGACCGCUCGGUCGACUGGGACCUCAUGGAAGCCGAGGUCGCGCGCAGGAACGCGAGCAGCAUGUCUCCGCAGGCUCUCGUCAUCCGUGACAUCGUCGCGGACCUGCUCGACAAGGAACCUGGCUCCAUCACCGGCGACAGCGACUUUUUCCUUCUCGGCGGCAACUCUCUGCUUCUGGGCCGCCUCGCGCACGUUAUCCGGAAGGAGACUGGCGUUACCGUCCGGGUUCCCUCCAUCUUCACGCACAGCACGAUCAACGGGAUUGCCUCACUUAUCGAAGGGGAUGAGUCAGGGUCGACUAGCCCUAUCAGCCCUGACAAGACUGCCGUCAACACCCGGGCGCACAACACUCCCGCGAUGUCCGAGAAGUCGGCGAGCUCGCUGCACCUCCCCGAGCUCGAGUACGGCGCGCCUGCCUCGAGCACCGGCCGCGGCCAGACGCACCCCUUGUCUCUCAUCGUCCAGGCCAUUCCUUUGCUCUUCUUCUACCCCCUAAAGGCCGCCUUCACCUGGACCGGCAUUGUGUAUAUCCUUUCUCUCUUCACGAGAUAUGUCUCGUCUGGCUACUGGAUUCGCAUUGGCUCUCUGCUCGUCGCGGUCGUCAGCUCUCGGCUGGCGACGCGCAUCGUUUUCCCCCUGCUGGCUAUCGCGGUGAAGUGGGCGGUCAUCGGCCGCUACAAGCCGGGCACGUACCGCUUCUGGAGCAACUACCACCUGCGAUGGUGGAUCACGAACCAGUUCAUCCGGUGUGCGGGGCGCGGCGUCUUCGCCGUGCACCCCGUGCUGGAGGCUCUCUACCUCCGCAUGAUGGGCGCGAAGAUCGGCAAGAACGUCUCGAUCGACUCGCGCGCGAAGCUCGCCGAGUACGACCUGCUCACUCUGCAUGACGGCUGCCAGAUCGACAACGCCCUCGUGCGCGGCUUCUGCGUCGAGCGCGAUGGCUGCUUCCGCUUGGACCCCAUUGUGAUCGGGCGCGGCGCGACGGUCAACACGUUCACCCAGGUCGCCCCCGGCGCUGUCAUCCCCGACGGCGCGGUGUUUGGCCCGCAUGCCUCUUCGCACGACGAGCCCUCCCCCGACUACCUUGCUCAGGCCAACCGCGCAGUCGCUCGUCAGCCCCACUGGCUCUUGAAGGUCUUCGUUGCUGCCCCCGUCAUCCUCAUCAUCAAGGUCGGGGCUUACGUCCCGUGGUUCGCCGCGCUCUUCAUCCUUCUCGCGCAGCCCCCGCCCCCCGCGAACCUCGGCUCGGAGCUCGAGCGCGUCAUCGUCUGGUUCGCGUCCCCCGAUCGUGUCGCCUGGCACGCCCUCGCGCGCAUCGUCCGCGUCAUCUUCCCGCCCCUCCUCCAGAUCAUCCUUGGCAUCAUCGUGAAGCGCAUCAUGGGCCUCAACCGCGAAGGCCCCGCUGCGGAGCAGUCGCAGUGGGCGCUGCUGCGGCGCUACAUCAACAGCAGCCUGCUGAGCCAGGAGGCGCUCAAGCGCGCGUACGACAUCGUCGGCUCGCACUACGAGGUCACGUCGUUCAUCUGGCGCUGCAUGGGCGCGAAGGUGGGCAAGCGGGUGUACUGGCCGGGCUCGGGCCUCUACUGCCCGGACCCCGAGCUGCUCGAGAUUGGCGACGACGUCGUGUUCGGGUCCCGCUCGGAAGUUUUCACGACGGACGGCGCGGGCUCCGGGAAAGUCGUUAUUGGGAAGGGGGCGAUGAUUGCGGACCGCGUUGUGCUGCUUCCCAGCACCACCGUGGGUAAGCGGGCGGUGAUGGGCUCCGGCGCACUCGGACGCCGCGGUGUCACGUACGCGGACGGCUCGGUGUGGAUGGGCUCGGAGGGCGGCGAGGCGGUGUGCUUCAAGAACGGCAGCAAGGAGGCGGAGGACGACGAGAAGCCGACGACGACGCCGUUCGGGCGCGCGUUCUACGAGCGCAAGGCGACUUUCUUCGUGUUCCCCUACCUGAUGCUCGUGCUCAUCAACCUCGCUGUCGCGAUCCUCUCUGCGGGCUACUGGUCUAUCGCCGCGGUCGUCGGCACGCAGGUCCUCAACCAGCUGCGCAUCCACAUCCCGCACCUGCACCUCUUCCACGACGGCCCCCGCCAGAUCUUCGUGCUCUUCGGGCUCAUCAGCUGCUGGUUCAUCGCGACGCUCAACAUCCAGGCCGUCGUCGCGCUCCUCUGGGUCGUCGCCACCAAGUGGGCCGUCAUCGGCCGCCGCAAGGAGGGCAGCUACAACUGGGACCUGAGCUCGUACUGUCAGCGCUGGCAGCUCCACCUCGUCCUCUCCAAGCCGCUCUACCGCGGCUUCGGGAACGGCGGGAUCCUCGGCAGCAUCAGCGGCUCCGCGUUCUUCGUCUGGUACCUGCGCGCGCUCGGCGCGAAGAUUGGCAAGGACUGCGCGAUCUUCGCGGGCGGGCGCGUCGGGCUCAUGACCGAGCCUGACUUGGUCGAGCUCGGGGACCGCGUCGCGCUCGACGACUGCUCGGUCGUCGCGCACAUCAACUCGCGCGGCCAGUUCUCGCUCAACCACCUCAAGAUCGGCUCCUCAUCCGCACUUCGCUCAGGCUCGCGCCUGCUGUCGGGCGCGUCGAUGGAGGACAGCUCGAUGUUGCUCGAGCACACCCUGCUCACGUCUGGGGAGAUCGCGGAGUCCGGCGGCGUGUACUCUGGCUGGCCGGCGCACCGGCUCGACCAGGAGACGUACCUGCGCAAGAAGUCGUCGUACCAGAUCCUUUCCGCCAUCCACCAGGGCUCGUACUACCAGAACCUUCAGAAAAUGCACGGCGAGCUGGAGGAGGAGAAGCGGCGGCUCGACCAGAAGCUGGCGUCGCACCAGCGCGAGCUGCGGGAGGCGAAGCGGCGGCUGGAGGCGAUGCUGCAAACGACGGAGGUGCUCCGGGGCUCGACCUACGGCGGGCUGCAACGGUGAGAUGAUCAUGCUAUGACCACGAUAUGCUCGCGUGCUCCGCGGACGUUGGGAUCUAUCUGUGUGUAUGAUCAGUGCCCGUUCCUCGUUACUCGUUACUCGUAUGUUUCCCCCUCCGUGCCCGUGCUCCGUGUCCGUCCCCCCGACUUGUAUAGAUGCUAGACAUGCUUGAUAUCUCGUUUGGUUACGUUCUGUAUUGGUAGCGGUUUUGUUCAUAGCUAUCCGAAUCGUUUUUACAUGCUACUACUCUCAUAUCUCAUAUCUCGUCCACACCGUCGUUAUCCCCGGUCGCCCGUCGGCCAGCCGCUCCUUCCGCGAUCGAUACCUUAGUGCCCAUGCCUUAAAGCCGUGCUCGGGCCACGCCUCGCCCUGUCCAUAUACCUCGCAAAACCC